AUAAUCCAGUUUCCUUAUCACUCCAAUUAUUCAAUUACAUGGGGCCUCCUCAUGUCAAGGAAAAAAUUAAAAUUUUAUUUGCUAGUGAACUUCACUUCCCUAUAACUUGAACUAUCUUCAACACUAACUUCUCCUCAACCCACACCAUUCCCCCUAAAAGCUUGUUUUUGCCUUCUUCUUUCUCCUCAACAUAGCUGACAAAAACAACCACUUCCUCUUUCAUUGUUCUCUCCCCCCACUUUCACUAUACCCCCCCUUGCUUUACUUUGCAUAUUUUGCACCCUUUUAACUUCUAUUAUCACUCACAAUUCUUGUUCUUGGUCUUCUUCCUUUUCUCAUCCUUAUACACUUCUUUCUUAGAUUGUUCUUGUUUGGAUUAUUUCAUGGAGGGUCAACCAGCUAAAAGGAGACGUGUAUACUCACUUGAACCAACUAAAGUGGAACAAGCAGCGUUUGCAAGAAACUACAUGAAUUGUUUGGUGCCAGCAUUGAUGAAGAUCAAGGAAAGAUCAAGCACUUCAGCAGAACAACAUAGUGUUCAUUCAUGUGAUGAUGACAAUAUUCAGAAUGUUGUCAAGUAUGAAGUGGACAUGGCAAUGGUGCGCUCAGCCCAAGGGUAUGCAUGGAGCAAUGCUUUAAGUGUGAAGCUUCAAAGGAAUAGAGUCAAUGUAGAUUGUGACACCACUAGCUUUGGGGAAGGUUCACCAUCAAGGGUUUGUGGCCAAAACUAUGAAAUGGUGCCAUUGAGUAAUUUCUCUUCAAACCCUAGUUUGAAGUCUAAUAACAAGUGCAAGGAAAUGUCUGAAAUGAAAAGGGGUUUGAGAGAAGAUGAUGAUGGUGGUGGUGAUGAAGAUGAAGUCAUCAAGGGCCAAUUGAAGAGCCUAAGAAGGUUGAUACCUGGUGGAGAAGAGAUGUGUAGUGAACAAAUGGUGACUGAGCUACAAAGCUAUGUAAGCUGUUUGCAAAUGCAGGUGAACAUUCUUCAGUGCCUCGCUGAGACACAUUGAAUAUUGAUUCAUAUAUGAUGCUUUAAUUUGCCUUUUCCAUAAACCCGUUAUUACUAUUAUGUAUGUGUUCCACAUAUAAUAUAUAUUGUCAAUUAUCAAAGCAACUAUAUAUUUAUAUAGUAUGCUGUACUCUUUUCUUUUUUAUUUUAAAUAUCGUGUAUAUAUUUUUCAAAUCUGUUAAGGGGGCGAAGGGAACAAAAUUAAGGAAAAGAAAAGCUAGAAGAAGAAAGUAGCAAUGCUCUCCAAUUAAUUAUUUACAAUGCAAUAUAGAAUUUUAGUUGUUUUUAUCUUA